CUUCGUUUAGGCGACCACGGACAACAAGCAUGUCACUAUACCGAGGGGAAAUGAUUACGACGCAAAAAAUAUAUACGUAUCCCGCCCGCCACGCACCCUUGCUGAGGUUGGCGAACAUGCAUGUGACUUGGAUUGGCGUUGGCCGCUACCUUACAAGCACAGAGCUGUUAUGGCUUAGUUUGGUCUCCAAGGAGCUGCACGGCCACGUAGCGACCCUUGCGGCUCUCUUGGUAAAGGAGUCGCCUUCGUUGGCCUUCCUCACGCAGUGGACUGAUGAUCCAACCUCAUCCCAGUUACUACUUCCUCCGUCGCUCAUGUGGCUUCGAUGUGUGGAGCUACAGUACAUCAAGUCACUCUUGGUCUACGCAACGCCAUUAUCCUCUGACUCUGGCGAGUGCUCGCCUUCAUCAUGUGUGGUCUUGGCCAAGUCGUUCGUCCUCACUUGCAAGAAACAGUGUGUCAAGGCCGAGAAGCUGCUAAAGCAAGGCCCGAAGGCAUACAAGUCCAUGGCUCGGUUCCCAAAAUCCGCCGUCAAGGUCGCCAACGCACUGAGUCCCCUGGUCGAGCGCGACAUUGCCGACGUAUCCGACAGCCUCACGUGCGUCCACUCGAGUCUCCGUCCUCUGUCGUUGUCCAGCGGUCAUGGCAAGCGCAUGACCCUACCCCUUUCCCAAUGGAAAAAACUGUUUCCAUAUUUCCCCAAACCAGUCUAUGGCCUCGGGCUCGGCGCUGUCGAGUGCGAACGGUGCGUGGUGACCGCCGAAGAAGACGCCGACGCGAUCAACCUCCAAAAGACCCAUCGGCUCUUGACCCAUGCGUCCACGUCCACCCUUCUGGACCUCGUCCACCGCAAACACCAUUACCCCCCUGCUCUGUUUAGCCCUGAAAUCAGCACGUUCUACCUCGUCCCGCUCAAAUGGACUAAGGUAUGGCGCGCCUACACAAAGUACAAGCACCACCUCCCUCCAGGUCCCAUUGUCAACGGCGCGCUCCUGUGCGCACGACACAAGCGCCCUGUCGUGCCCACGUCUGUCGGUCUCUUCUUGUCUGGCGCGUCAACGUCGCUGACUCAUUUCGCGGGGUCGAUCCCUGGACACUCCAUCACGAACCCGUUGUACGAAAUCGUGACCGCCGCGGAAUGGGAAGACUUGACCGGUCAGUACUGCGUCGACGUCGGCGUCGGCUUUGCAGUCGUGCAGGGUGCCGUGCACUGGCAGUCGCCGCCGUGCCAAAUGUGUGCAGAAGCAGUGGAAUCUUCCCGUCGAACCAACCCCCAGAACCAUCAACCUCAGUCCAACCGUCGUCGGCCAACGACCGUUUAAUAGUCCACCUUAUGAAUCGAACUCGUGUUAUGGAGGCGCAUAUUCACAACGCUGUGACGUUGCUCCGUC